AUUCAAAGCAAGUUGUGCUUGUAUUGGAUGAGGACAAGUGUUUGGUUCGUGGAAUGAUGUGCAGUGCCUUGUUGCUUGAACAUAAUGCAACUUAUUAUUUAAGUAAUAUGUACGUUUUCUAGCUUCGAAAAGCUCGAAAGCUAGCAUUAAUAAACUAUGUCACAAAUAACUUUUAGUGUGAAAAUGUUAAGUGAUAAAGUUUGUGUUCUGUGCGUGGUGCAUUUGUUAAUAUUAUUAGCACUGACAAAGGGCACUACUGAAGCUCAAGAACUAAGACCGCCUGCAUUAGACUUUAAUAAACACAGACUAGUUCAGCCCACUGUACAUCAUGGUAGAACGAGAAGAGAAAUCUCUACAACUAGAGACACGAGCGGUGCACAUCAUCCAGAAGUGACAGUGACGGUUCCCAUAGACGGACAAGAAUACGUGUUGGACCUUAGAUUGAACCUGGAUCUAGUCACAGACAACCAUGUACUUAGGUACCAAAAGAACGGCAAGACUGUCUUACAUAAACCUAAGAAAGAGGAUAUAGACUUAUGUCAGUACUCGGGCACGGUGAGAGGCAAACCUGGCUCGUGGGUGGCCGUGUCCACCUGUCAUGGCGUCCGAGGUACCAUUUUCGAUGGAGAACGAAUGAGAUACAUUGAACCGGCUGAAGGGCCGAGCAUACAGUCGAACCACUACAUUUACGACCAUGGAGACUUAAACACCAACUUCCAUUGUGGAUACGUUGGCGGGGUGACAAAGAACGAAAGCUACGACCCCCAUCUCUUCAAGAAGUAUACCAGUGAACAGGAAAUGCAGAGAAGCAGGGCUAGUCGUUACAAAAGAUACGCGUCAGACGAUACGCAAGUAAGGGGGCCUUAUAACGCGAACAAAUUGUCGCGCUACGUGGAACUGGUACUGGUAGCCGACAAUAGGGAGUACAAGGCGAACGGAGAGAACAUACAGACGGUCUACCGACAGAUGAAGGACGUCGCUAAUAUUAUUAACUCGGUAUACACUCCAUUGAACGUCUUCAUAGCUUUAGUAGGAGUUGUAGUAUGGACAGAGAAUGAUGAGAUCCAUCUUGAAGAGAAUGGGGAUAGAACUCUCAACAAUUUCCUCGGAUACCGCAAGUCCGUGCUUGUCAGAGACAUACCUAACGACAACGCUCAGUUGUUGACCCGCCAAAAAUUCAACGACGGUGUAGUAGGAAAGGCCUUGAAAGGCCCAAUAUGUACGUACGAGUUCUCUGGAGGCGUAUCGACGAAUCAUUCGGAAGUUAUUGGCCUUGUAGCAACCACCAUAGCUCAUGAGAUGGGUCAUAACUUCGGUAUGGAACAUGACACCGAUGACCUCUGCAAGUGCCCUGAUGCGAAGUGCAUUAUGAGCCCUUCUAGUACAUCUGUGACACCGGUGCAUUGGUCCUCUUGCAGUUUGAGCUCUAUAGCCUUGGCUUUUGAACGUGGAAUGGAUUAUUGCUUGAGAAACAAACCAAAACGUCUAUUUGACUCGCCGACGUGCGGCAAUGGGUUCACGGAGCCGGGCGAGCAAUGUGACUGCGGCAGUAUGGCGGACCCGCGCGCCUUCAACCCGUGCCACGCUUGCUGCGACCCACUCACUUGUAUGCUGCGGUCCAACGCCACUUGUGGGGCUGGCAUGUGCUGCGAUUUACAGACGUGUCGUCCGAAAUCAGCAGGUACAGUCUGCAGGUCAGCGGACCGCGAAUGUGACCUGCCUGAGUAUUGUACCGGGUACUCGGAGUAUUGCCCUGAUGAUGUCUUCAAAAUGGAUACCACGCCCUGCGGAAAAGAUGGAGAGAAAGCCUACUGUGUUCGUGGUUCGUGUCGAUCCCAUACUGAUCAGUGCCGUCUACUGUGGGGUACCACCGGUGAAAGCUCCCAUGACAAGUGCUAUACCAGCACCAACGUUAAAGGAAACAAGAGCGGUAACUGUGGGUACGAUCGCUUGAACCAGCGCUACGUACCGUGCAGCCCGCGCGACGCUAUGUGCGGGACCCUGCAGUGCAGACAUCUCAACGAGAGACUCGAGUUUGGAAUGGAGUCCGUCGCCCUACUCUCUGCUGUCUUCAUUAACAAUAAUGGUACAAUCAUCCCCUGUCGAACAGCCAUCAUAGAUCUGGGUCUCAGCGAUGUUGAUCCCGGUUUAGUGCCCGAUGGCGCUAAAUGCGGCGAAGAAAUGAUGUGUCUGAACCAACGUUGCGUGCCAGUCGCGGUUGUAAGGGAUCGCAUAGCUACCAUCAAGUCUUCCGUCUGUCCGUCCAACUGUUCAGGACAUGGUAUCUGUAAUUCUGAAGGUCAUUGUCACUGCGAGCCGGGCUUCGCCCCUCCGUUGUGCGCUCUCCCUGGCCCCGGUGGGUCUUCAGACUCAGGCCCUGCUACAGAUCCUACAAUCCAACGCAACUUCAUGGUGGCGAUGUACGUGAUAUUCCUGGGCAUCAUUCCCGCCAUCCUGCUUGUGCUGUUCCUCAUCUACUACUCCAGGCACAACGUGCUCCUCUGGUGGAAGAAACCACGGAAAUCGGCCCCUUCGCCGAAGAAAGCAAGUCUGCAACAUCGCCUCUCGCGCAGUGCCAGCAAAUUUGCUGCCAACUUCCAAAGUAGUAAUCAAAAUCAUUCUCAACCCGUCAACGUCCAUACUCUCUCCAAUCCUGAUGAUAUGAGCUCCAGUUUACUCAGAAGUGACUCUGACAGAAGUCCUCCAGGAAACAUCAACCCUUCCGUGAACUUCUUUGGCAAUUUCAAAGGUUUUUCCCUUACGCCCAUAGAAAAAUCAACCCCUACAGAGAAAGAUGAAACUGAGGUCCCAAUUGCUCCUAAAUCAGUUAAAACUAUAACUGAUCCUAGUAACAAAAGUGCCAAAAUAACCCCCGUACAUCGAAGCGGCAGUAACAGUCAAAGUAUUGUAAACCAAGGAGUUUUGAAACCGGUUUUACGAAGUGCUCCCCCUCUGCCAGUGGUUCCGACAACCACGAAGACCAGCCCAAAAACCAGUCCUUCAGUGAAACGCACUAAUAGUACAGUUCAAAAUAAGAUCAAGGCUUUAAUGAAUAAUGAAAAGACUGAUGAGGUCCCAACGACUGCUGCCAACCCUCCACCAAGACCUGUGAUUUCCAGCCCCAUUCUAGAAGCUUCUACGUGCACUGCAAAAGAACUUAUAUCUCCCUUACAAGGUUCAAAGACCUUAGGACCCGUGAGGGCAGCACCAACUGUGCCAAUGUCCCCAGACUUUCCCAAAAGACCUCUAAGCAUGCAUUCAGCUGGAGUUCCACAAAAACCUCUUCCAGAAGAACCGAAGAAAGUCAAAGAAGGUAUUUCCUUAAACCGCAUAGCGUCGUUCCUAAAACAGGACAAACCUAAAGAGAAAGAACGCAAUCCUGUUGAAAGAAGUCAUUCUUUACCAAAGAACCAUAAUAAUCAAGUUAAAGUUCCCAAGGUCGACAAAGUCCCUCUAAGAAAUUUGCAGAUCUCCAAUCCUAUACUGCAAAAAGAGAUAGAACUUCCAGUCAAGUCUGUGCCUGUUGUGUCAGAUUCUGAAGAUGGGGAUGAUCCUAAGGCGUUUGUCAACCGCGCGCAGAGCAUGAGGGCUCCUGCGAGUCAAAAGCCUGUUUUACAAAGCUUUGGUUCUAUGAGACAGGCCCCAGUCGCGCCGAGACCUUUGUCAGUAGUUGGAAGACCGACAGCCCCACCUCCUCCAUUACCAAAUAACUCUGAACCUCCACCGCCACCAAAUCCAAAACCGCAACCUGAAAUCAAAUCAACCGACUAUGUGGACUGUAUUGAAGAAAAACAGGCUCCUUUAGCUCACAUAGUUGAGGAAUCACCUGAUAAUAUCUAUGCUGUUAUUGAGGAGAGUCCAGAGAAACACUCAAAGCCUCUACCUGGUGUCCCUCCACCCAUAAAGACCACUCCUCAAGCUCCUCCCGAAGGAUACAAUACUCCUAAAGUAAUUCCAUCGAACUCUGGAAGCACUGAAAGUAUGGGCCUACUUGGAGAAAUAGUUAACGAAAUACAAAAUCGUAACUUUGAAUCUAUUUACUCUGCAUCGACUCUUUCUAGAAAGAAAGAAAAGGAAAGGAAGGCGAAAGAGGCAGCGAAUAAAGAAGCCAAUAGAGACAGUACGUAUAUGAAUUCAGAGCAUUAUAAAACUCCUGAGAGUGUUUAUAGCAAUUCUGGAGCCAAAUCUAACGUAUCGACGACCAGUAGUGGGUACUUACAUCCUUCUGCUGUCAAUGUACCAACUUAUCUAAAGAAGGAUGAACCAAAAGAAGAAGAUAAAGCCCCACCUCUACCGGGGCCGAACUCCAAAAUACCAACAUUCGCAAGACAAGUGACGCCACCAGGCCUCAGAAACACAUCCACAUUCAGAAACGUGCCUCAAUCACCAAAAGUAGUUAAAAACUUGAACUCAAACCCGAAAUUAUCGAACAGUCCAGAUUUGGUUUCAAGCUGUGCAUUGCCAGAUACGAAGAAUGUGAAACCACCCGAUGUUAUAAAUAACAAUAAGCUACCAAAUGACACGACCAAAGUGACAAACAAGCCGGCGGUUACCACGAAGCCGAAUGACAACCGACCGCCUCUUAGACCGGCGCCCGCAGAGCCGAAGAAAGCGAACAAAGUCACGCCACCUCUUAAACCAGUUAAUUCUAACUCUAAUUUAAACAAAACAGAGAAAACACCGUCCACAAACCGUGGCAUUUCUAAAGUAGACUCCGUCAAAGCUAUAGCGGACAAUUUAAACAAAAAUAAACCUAAAGUAGUCCCCAAACCUACCACAGUCGUCCAAAGGACAGAUAACAAACCCAACCAAACAAAAUUAACGGCCAAACCAUCGAAUGUUGCCAGUUUACAGCAGAAAUUCGAAAAUAGAAAGUCGUUGGGCAAAGAGGUUGCCGUAACAAAAAAAUAAUUUACAAAUGGCAAGUAAUUUAAUUGAGUUAUCUAGUCUGUAAAUAUAUUUAUAUGGCCAUUAGCGGAAAGAAGACUCGGUAUUUGAACAGAAUAUGUAAGGAUCUGAUUUUUACGAAGGAUUUUAUGUGAUUAGUUAAAUCGUAGGGUGAGUUGUCUAUUGGUU